UCUUUGUGUGCUUCUUAUAUUUAUAUUGUCCCAUGAUCAAUAUAAAUAGCUCCUAAUUGAUUCAUAGUCGACAGUUAAACACUUAGUAUAUCAAUUAUGAAAAUCAAGACUUUUAUCUUUGUGUUCUUUCUUUGUGCACUAAUUCUUAUCUCAAUUGUGGCCAUUGAACCAUCCAAAAAUGGAAAACAGAUUGGUACAACCGAAGAAUCCAAUACAAAAAUUGGGGUAAAGAGGGACGUUGGUUGGGGAGGACGUCCACAUAGUGAGAACCAAGAAGGAAGACAUGGUGAUGGAUAUCGGCAAGGUUGGACCGGAAAAAGAGGAACUGGAGGAGAAAGACAAAAUGAACUACGUGGCAGGAAAGACGAUGGAGAAAACGGUGAAGGAGGAACCGAAGGAGGUUGGGGAAAAGGAGAAAACGGAGGAUCUGGUCGAGGAGGAGAUGUAGGUAUUGGACAAAUGGGAAAAAUGGAGGAAUUGGAGGAGAAGAAGGACUAGGGAAAA